AUGGACGAGAUCUUCUACCGCCGGCACCUCGACGAGUGCGAUGUCAUUUGCGAAGAAACAGGUUAUCUGCAAGUCCUGCAAUACUCGGAUGGCCAGUACAAUACCUCCGACCAGCACAGUUUGAAACUGGGCGAUGACUUUGACAAUUUCAUUGUUCGCAAAGGGACGUUCAAAGCCCCGGCAUUGCCUAAAGGAACGACAUUCGCCAGUGGGAUCCGCCUCCUUCUCCAGCUCAAUGCUCGCGACCCAAAAACAUUCGAACCGGGAGUGAUCUCAUUGCCGAAGGAAGCCUUUGAUGGCCUGGUCCGCCAGUUCAAGCUCCCAUUUCGCAACCUCGAGACAUCAAGUGCCGUCGGCCCGUUGUUUUGGUGGACUGGCAAACGGGAAUUGUCGAAAGAUUGUCUGCGUAAGUCCAAAUACCAGGGCUUCCUUCUUGCCAAACAUAUUCUCACAAAAGCAACAGAGCUCGUAUUUCGCAAGUCGGAUGUCGAGUGGCUGGGGCACUCAAGAGGAUGGAUGAUGAUGCUCUCCUAUUCUUUUCCAACAAAAAUGACAAAUGGAUACAUCAAAGCUACAGAGUCCGCCAAGUUCAACGAGACCCUAGACUUGUUCCAGGACUUCAAGGAGCCUGGGAGCCAUCCACUGCUCUUGCCAGUGCUGGCACUGAACAAAGAGCUGGCAACUAAGAACGACAAAAUGCAACGGGACGUUCGAGCCAAGCUCCGCGCGCUCGAAGAAGCAUUGUCUCAACGCUAUCAGUUGGAUCCAAGCAAGAGUCAACCCUCCGCCAAUGACCACCUGCUCGAUGCGAUUAAUCGUGGCCUAGCCGACUGUCAGUGCAAAGCCAUGUGGAAGCGUCCGCAGGCCUGGAGAAACGUCAUUGACCAGAUGGCCGAUGCCACAGAGUUCUUUUGGCAGACCUGCUCGGAAGAUGAAAAGUCUCAAGAGCUGACAGAGAUGCAUCACGAGAUAAGAGACCGUUUGCAGUAUCUGACAAUAAAGCUCAACGCCCUUGAAGCAUACUCUCAAGUCACACUCGAGCGGCUAAAUGUGCAAAGACAGGUUAUGGAUAGCCUCAUAAACCAGCGAGAAUCAAGACUGAACCUGAGGAUCGCAGACCAGCAGAGCCGCCUGGCUUUGAUAAGCAGGCAAGACAGCAUGUCAAUGAAGACCCUGACUAUGCUAGGCGCUUUCUUCCUCCCUGGCACAUUCCUAUCGUCCUUGUUCAGCAUGUCUUUCUUCAAGUUUGACAAUGGUGAGGAAACGACAGAGUCCUCCUCUAGCGUGGCAGGACUUUGCGCUGAUACACCCAAAACUGCGCAGAUAUCCACGGCUCGGUCUCUCCUCGCAUCUGGAUAUACUUUGCGUCGAUGA